AACAUGGCUCGAAUGAACCGCCCAGCUCCUGUGGAAGUCACAUAUAAGAACAUGAGAUUUCUUAUUACACACAAUCCAACCAAUGCGACUUUAAACAAAUUUAUAGAGGAACUUAAGAAGUAUGGAGUUACCACGAUAGUAAGAGUAUGUGAAGCAACUUACGAUACUACUCUUGUGGAGAAAGAAGGCAUCCAUGUCCUCGAUUGGCCUUUUGAUGAUGGUGCACCACCAUCCAACCAGAUUGUUGAUGACUGGUUAAGUCUUGUGAAAAUUAAGUUUCGUGAAGAACCUGGUUGUUGUAUUGCUGUUCAUUGUGUUGCCGGCCUUGGGAGAGCUCCAGUGCUUGUUGCCCUAGCAUUAAUUGAGGGUGGAAUGAAGUACGAAGAUGCAGUACAAUUCAUAAGACAAAAGCGGCGUGGAGCUUUUAACAGCAAGCAACUUUUGUAUUUGGAGAAGUAUCGCCCUAAAAUGCGGCUGCGCUUCAAAGACUCCAAUGGUCAUAGAAAUAACUGUUGCAUUCAAUAAAACUGGGGUGCCUGAUACUGUUGCUUUGGAAGUGGAACUUAGGCAGGACCUAAUUUGUCAUGCAUACUAGCCAACUUGUUGGCUUGGUGAAUAAGUCUAGUGAAACUUCCAUAGGAGUAUUGAAAAGCAGUUUUACCAGGCCACAAGCUUGACAGAAUUGCAGCCUCUGUGUUUGGGUUAUGAUCAAACUAUUUGGAUACUUAGCAAAAGAUUCUUGCUGUUUAGCAUUUAAAAUGUGCUUAUCAUUUUGUACCAAUUGACCUUUCCUGAAAUCAUGUGGUAUUGACUUACAUUUUCUUGAAAUCUGUUCCCAUGCCAGAAUCUUAUCAAUACAUAAGAAAUUUCAAAAGAUUAGGUGCCAAAAUACCCAGCACAAUACUUGUAUAUUUUUAGUAUCAUACAGAACUAAAAUCCCAGGAACUAUGAACACUCUAGACCUUAUGUGGUUUAUUCCUUCAGUCAUUUCAAACAUUGAAAGUAGGGCCUAUAUGGUUAUUUGCCUGCUCACUUUAUGUUUACAUCUCCCGCAUUCAUACCAGUAUACAUCAGGUUGCAUAACCAUUGAUUUUUUUUUUUUUUAAACCAAGUCUUACAGUGAUUAUUUAAUGUCUCUCUAAUAAAUCUCAUUUUGUGUUGUUAGGAAAAACCUCCAUUUUGAAAAUCUACAUUGUACAGAAGCACAUGUCUUUAAUGUCUCCAGACAAAAAAGCCUUACAGUUAAUUUAAUGUUUGCACUCUGAGGUGCAACUUAACAGGGAGGGCCUGAAAAAAGAAUGGGAGGGGGCUAUUAAAUAUUUUUAGUAAAAUGUUGCCUUUGUCUUGUGCAGAACAUGUAGAAUAUGCUCUUUAAUUUAGUAAAUAUUUUUUUUAAAGGUAGAGAUGCUUUGUUAUUGUAGCUAAAACAAUUCUUAAUCAUAAAAUUCUUGAAAUUCUUUUUCCCCCCAUACUUAUCAGAAGUUGUUUAUCAACUUAUGUUUGUUUGAAGUGUUUUUUCCCCCUUUUCUUCCCGACCUCUCUUGCAAAAAAAGAAGUGGGUUUCUGCUAAUGAAUUGAGCAGAUAUCUAAUAUUUUAUAUGCCUUUUGAGCUGUGUAACUUAAUAUUUGGAUACUUGAUAAUUUGUUUUAUUAUGUAAUUGAUAAAAUGGUGAUGUGUAUUAAUGUUAGUUCAACCAUAUAUUUAUACUGUCUGGGAAUGUGUGGUUAUAGUUCUGUGGGGAGAAAUAAUUUGUCUGUGUUCACCAGCUUGUAAAAACUUAGUGCGAGAGCUUAAACAUCUAAAUAAAUAAUGAAAUGCAUUUAUCAUCA